UUCAUAAAUCUGAGGAAAUGGCUUCCGAAGUGGUGUGCGGAUUGAUCUUCAGAUUACUUCUUCCAGUUUGCCUUGCUGCAGCAUGCCUGUUCCGGUACAACCUUCUCUCCUUUGUCUACCUCGUCUACCUCCUUCUCAUCCCGCUGUUUGCAGAGCCAACAAAGACAACAAUGCAAGGCCACACGGGGCGCUUGCUUAAAUCCCUGUGCUUCACCAGUAUGACAUUCCUGCUGCUGCAUAUCAUCUACCAAAUCACCAUCAACAGCCUGUUAGCAGGAGACAACAUAGAGCCCAACUUCAACUGUUCAUCGUGGGAGAAAUCAUUAAGACAGCUGGGUUUUGAAAGUGUCCGAGGCGCUGAUGCAGGGAACGGAAUCCGUGUGUUUAUUCCGGACAUUGGCAUGUUCGUGGCAGGUCUCGUCACGUGGCUGCUGUGUCGGAGUCUGGAAAAGCCACCGGUGAAGGACACAUCACAACACAACACCGACUUUGAGACAGACAACCAGGAACAGGAGGAUGAAGAAGAAGAAGAGAAGAAAGAUGAGAAGCUGGAGCUGGAAGAUGAUCUGAUCUUUGAGGAGGAUUUUGAGGCAGGAGGUGAUGAAUGUGAUCUGCCUGAAGAAGAGGAGGAGGAAGAGGAGGGGGAAGAGCUGGGGGAACCUGAGGAAAGUACAAAGAUGAAGAUCCUACGACAGAUAGCAGACGUGGCGUCCAAACUGAAAGAAAUCAUUGGAAAUCUUAUUACCAGCGCAGGACAAGUAGUCGUAACUAUAUUACUGGGCCUGACAGGUAUCAUGCUGCCCUCCCUCACUUCCACUGUGUAUUUCUUCGCCUUCCUUGGCCUGUGUACCUGGUGGUCAUUCUGUCGUACGUUUGACCCCCUGGUCUUCAGCUGCCUCUGUGUUCUGAUGGCUAUCUUCAGUGCUGGCCACCUCGUCAUUCUCUACCUCUACCAGUUCCAGUUCUUCCAGGACACCGUGCCGCCAGGAGACCACUAUGCAAGCCUGUUUGGUAUCUCACCUGUCGUCCAGAGCGACUGCUCUCACACCUGGAUGUUCAAGGUCAACCCCCAACUGGAAUGGCACCACUACGUCAAUCCCAUCAUGCUCCUGGUGCUCUACUACACCCUGGCUACACUCAUCCGCCUUUGGCUGCAGGAUACGGAGGACAUGGAGCCCAAAAAAGAAGAUGAUACUCCAGUGGAGGGUGAAGUGGUGUGCAGUGACAACGCUAACACGGCAGAGAAGAAGAGGACCCUGUGGAGGAUGGCUCGUUAUCGCACAGAUGACAGAAACGUUUUGAUUGUGACCUCUAACGGGGGUCCUCUGGACUUUCGGUCCAGUGUUCCUCAUGAGAAUGGACCUGCUGCUGUAGAGCUUUACUCUACCCCACAGUACAAAGCCACCCAGUCUGACUCUGACCAAGAGAGAACGGACGCAAGUGUGUACGAGAUUGACCCAUCGCACGGUGAGUUCCUGGAAGUUUCCGUCGAUGUGUCGGAGAGGAGCGUUCGCGUCAACGCCGCAGUCAAGGCUUUCAGAUUCAUCAUGAAGCAGAGUUACAUCUGUGCUCUCAUUGCCAUGAUGGCCUGGAGUAUCACAUAUGUGAGCUGGCUCACCUUCGUCUUCCUCAUCUGGUCCUGUACUCUCUGGAUGGUCAGGGACCGGCGCAAGUACGCCAUGCUGACCUCUCCCUUCAUGGUGUUUUACGGGAACCUGCUCAUCGUCCUUCAGUACAUCUGGAGCUUUGAGGUGGUGCAGCCCGUCCCCGGGCUCUUUCUAAAGAAGGAGGUGCCCUUCCGAGAACUGGGCUCCAAGAUCCUGUGCCUGUUGAGUUUCUGGUUGCUGCUGAGACAGGCUCUGACUGAGAGAGGAGAGAGACAGAGAGAGGAGUCCCCUCUUUCUGGUGUUAGAGUGGACCACAGUAAGAAGGUUACAGAUAUGGAGGCUGACGGCGGGGCACACAGGGAGAUGAUGGAUGUGUUGGGGAGCUCAGUGAUGGCCAUGCUGAAUAAGUACUGGAUCUACAUCUGCGGGGGAAUGUUCUUCUUUGUCAGUUUUGAGGGACGCAUCGUUAUGUAUAAAAUCAUCUAUAUGAUGAUGUUCCUGUUCUGUGUCGCCCUCUAUCAGGUGCACUAUGAGAAGUGGAGGGCAAUGCUGAAGUAUUUCUGGAUGUCAGUGGUGGUCUACACCAUGCUGGUCCUCAUUCUGAUCUACACGUUCCAAUUUGAGUCCUCCAUACAUGUGUGGUCCAACAUGACGGGCAUGACCAAGGAAAAACUGGAGGACAUUGGUCUGGAGAAGUUUUCCGUACCGGCUCUGUUCACACGGAUCUUCAUUCCCACAUCCUUCCUGCUGGUGUGUAUCCUACACCUGCACUAUUUCCACCAGCGUUUCCUCCAGCUGACUGACAUCAAGUCUGUUGCAGACAAACAGAAAAGCACCAUCUCCAGGCUGGUGCACCUGGAUGGCAGCCUGGCUGAUAUCUCCAUGAUCAAACCAACUCUCAACUCAACCACGAAAGAAGAGGAAGAGAUGGGAGAAAAGGUGGAUUUGGAUGAUGAAGAAGAGGAUGGAGACAUAAAAAGAAGUCCAGGGGAUGAAGAUCCAGAGGUGCUCUAUACGACGGAGAAUUAUGUGUAUAACCCAGUGGGUCCAGAAGGUCCGGCUGACCAGGGUUCAGAUCUGAAGAAUAAGUGGCACUUGGUGGUGGACCGACUCACAGUACUCUUCCUCAAAUUUCUGGAGUACAUGCAGCGACUACAGCUCUUCAUCUGGUGGCUUCUGGAGCUGCACAUCAUCAAGAUUGUUUCUUCCUACAUCAUCUGGGUGUCAGUCAAAGAGGUGUCUCUGUUUAACUACGUGUUCCUGGUGAGCUGGGCCUUUGCUCUGCCUUUCAGUCAGUUCCGUCCUCUGGCCUCCAGUGUGUGCACUGUGUGGACGUGUGUCAUCAUUGUCUGUAAAAUGCUUUACCAGCUCACCUCCAUUCAGCCUGCCACCUACUCCAAAAUAUGCACAAUGCCGCUUAACUACACAGAGGCUCAGCGGUUGGAGAUGAAUAGGUCUCUGCUCUACAGCAGUCCAGUGGACCCUGCCAACUGGGUUGGCCUCAAGAAGUUCUCUCCACUGCUGGAGAACCUUAGGAAUAACUUGCUGAUGCUGGCUUUGCUGGCAUUCGAAGUGACUGUCUACCGUCACCAGGACUUCUACCGGAUGAAAAACAACCUCACAGCUCCCGUAACCAGAACCAUCUUCCACAACAUCACCAGGCAGCACCUUGACGAAGGCAUCAUCAACUGUGCCAAAUAUUUUAUAAACUACUUCUUCUACAAGUUUGGGCUGGAGACUUGCUUUUUGUUGGCGGUGAAUGUGAUUGGUCAGCGGAUGGACUUUUAUGCCAUGCUGCAUGCUUUUGGGUUAAUAGCAGUCAUGUACCAGCGUAGAAGGAAAGCCAUCGCCCAGGUCUGGCCCAAGUACUGCUUCUUCCUCGCCUGCAUGCUCAGCUUCCAGUACCUGGUGUGCAUUGGCAUACCCCCAGCAUUCUGCACAGACUAUCCGUGGAGACUGCCUUCCUCCGCCAUGGACUCCAAUGUUAUCAAAUGGCUUUAUUUCCCUGACUUCCAUACUCGACCCAACUCUCUCUUUCUCCUCUAUGACUUCAUGCUGUUGCUGUGUGCCUCACUGCAAAGGCACGUGUUUGAGGAGGAGAACAAGGCGGCCGUGCGUCUCUUGGCUGGGGACAACGUGGAGAUUUGCCGAGACCUGGACGCUGCAACCUUCAGCCAACACAACCCAGUCCCUGACUUCAUCCACUGCAGGUCCUAUCUAGACAUGCUGAAGGUGAUCAUGUUCAGCUACCUCUUCUGGUUUGUCCUCACCAUCAUCUUCAUCACUGGCACCACACGCAUCAGCAUCUUCUGCAUGGGCUACCUGGUGGCCUGUUUCUACUUCCUGCUGUUUGGUGGUGACCUACUGCUUAAGCCAAUCAAAAGCAUCCUGCACUACUGGGACUUCCUCAUUGCCUACAAUGUGUUUGUCAUCACCAUGAAAAACAUUCUCUCGAUAGCUGCCUGUGGAUAUAUUAAAGCCCUGGUUGCCAAUCACUGUUGGUUGAUCCAGUUGUUCAGUCUGGCAUGCACUAUUAAGGGUUAUACCCGACCGGAGCAGCAAGCCAAUAAACAGUGUGAGCUGCCCAGUGACGAGGCCGGCAUUAUCUGGGACAGCAUCUGUUUCGCCUCUCUGCUUCUGCAGCGCCGGGUCUUCAUGAGUUACUACUUCCUGCAUGUGGUCGCAGACAUCAGGGCCUCUCAGGUUCUUGCUUCAAGGGGAGCUGAGCUGUUCCAAGCCACCAUAGUUAAGGCAGUUAAAGCCAGGAUUGAGGAGGAGAAGAAGUCUAUGGACCUGCUGAAGAGACAGAUGGACCGUAUAAAGAGUCGACAGCAGAAGUUUAAACGAGGGAAGGAGAGGUUGCUGAGCUUGGUCCAGGAGAGUGGAGAAGGUCAUUCUGUAGCCAAAGAGGAGGAUGAGAAAGAUGGAGGAGAAUCUAGCAAAGAGAAGAAGAAGGGCAGAAGGAAAGACUGGUGGCGACCAUGGGUGGAUCAUGCCUCUAUGGUCAGAAGUGGGAAUUACUACUUGUUUGAGACAGACAGUGAGGAGGAGGAGGAAGAGGAUGACAAAAAGGAGGAAGAACCCCCCAAAAAGUCUGCUUUUCAGUUUGUGUACCACGCCUGGAUCACCGACUCCAAAACAGCCAUGAAAGAACGUAGCAAGGAGAAACACCGAUUCUGGAAGAGGUACACGGAGGGACGCAAGGCCAGGAAGGAGCCCCAGGAAGUCCAUGUUGCCAUUGAAGUGGGAGAUCAGGAAGAGGAUUUGGUAGAGGAAGACAGAACAGAUGGACCAGAUAACAUCCUAAAGCGAGUUUUUAACAUUGUGAAGUUCUCCUGGGUGCUGUUCUUGGCUCUGUUGGAUAGUUUCACCGCCUGGUUGAACUCCAUCUGCCAGGAGCACAUUGACAUCUCCACUGUCUUGCGUAUUGAACGCUGCAUGCUUACCCAUGAGGUCAAAAAGGGCAACAUCCCGUCUCGAGAGAGUAUCCAUCUGUACUAUCAGAAGCAGAUGUGUAGGCCUGUGUCCACUGAGUCUGGCCUGGACAGAACAGAUCAACUCUUCACGUCCAGCGCUCUGCACACUGACCUGCAGCAGCCUGGGUCUGGAAUGGUCAGCCAGGACUCGGUCCUCUCCAGAGGUAGCCUCUCCAGUGCCUUCACUGAGGCCACCCUGCCAUACAGUCAGUCCACACUGGACCGUACAGAGGAGCCCACUGACCGUGUUCCCAUGACCAGUGAACGCGCUCGACCCAAACUCUGUAAAAUGGCUGGUCUUGACCUCCCCUCGUCAGCUGAGAGUGCAGGCAGCUCUGCUUCCAGCGGACACACAGAAUGCACGGCACAGUACUCCCGUCAGGGCACCAGUGACACUAUAGAAGAAGUAGAAAAGGACCGUGAGCAUAGGGAACACAUAGAUUACACACCAACCCCCACCGAUGACCCCCACUACCCUUACCUGAACGAGGCCGCGUGUGGGGGUAAAACCUGGGACAGCGAGCAUCAGGAGGGAUGGGCAUUACCGUCAGACACAGACAUCCCGCCCUCCUACAGCAAGGCCACAGGACUGGACUCAGUCUGCACAUCAGACUGCCGCUCCACCCAGAGGAGACUGAGGAUACUGACGCCUGAUGACAGGCUGGAUUACCCUGACGACAGCACCCCCCUGCCCCCCUCCCUCACUCACGAGCUGACAGCCAGUGAGCUGCUACGCAACAGGAUGUUCUGCGACGAGGAGCUGGAGGAGUCGGAAAGGUUCUAUAACUGUCAGCCUCAGCUCCUCCAGCUGUGCUAUGCCUUGUACAACAUGCUUGUGGCCCAUUCCGAGAUGGUAUGUUAUCUGGUCAUCAUCCUGAACCACAUGAUCUCUGCCUCGGUGGCCACACUGGUCCUUCCCAUCCUCAUCUUCCUCUGGGCCAUGCUGUCUGUUCCACGACCCAGUAAACGCUUCUGGAUGACUGCUAUUGUCUACACUGAGGUUACGAUAGUGAUAAAGUAUUUCUUCCAGUUUGGCUUCUUCCCAUUUAAUCAGAACUUGGAGUUGGACAGGACCAAGCCCUUUCAUCCACCGAACAUCAUCGGGGUGGAGAAGAAAGAGGGUUACGUUCACUAUGACCUGGUCCAGCUUCUCGCCCUCUUCUUUCACCGCUCCAUUCUCAAGUGUCAUGGUCUUUGGGACGAGGACCAGCCGCGACCUGAAGGGAAAGACCCCACAUCUGCACGUCACCACAGAGAUGUGGACGGUGAAGAGAGAGAUCAUGCCCAUCCAGAGAAGAGCCCAAUCAUGCGGGACACCUCCGUGGACUCUGCACAUGUGCGCCUUGCGAGAAAGCACUCAAACACACACUCACACUCCACCAUGCGUCGCCACAGCUCCAGCGCUGCAUCUCACAUUUCUCACCGCUCUGUCCACUCCAGAGGAGGCAGCACAGGCACCAGGUCUAGUGUGCGACGCAGUGGCAGUGUGUUGAGUGUCCAGCAGAAGAGUCGUAAACAGCUCAUCCUGGAGAAGCUGAGGGAGCAGCUGAUCAAAGCCAAGACCUUCACUGUCAGAAAGACCCUGGAUAUCUACAUUCCAAUCCGUCAGUUCUUCUAUAACCUGAUUCAUCCGGAGUACAGCGCUGUCACUGACGUCUACGUGCUGAUGUUUCUGGCUGACACCGUGGACUUUAUCAUCAUCGUCUUUGGUUUCUGGGCUUUUGGGAAACACUCCGCUGCUGCUGACAUCACCUCCUCACUGUCAGAAGACCAGGUUCCAGAAGCCUUCCUGGUGAUGGUGUUGAUCCAAUUUGGCACCAUGGUAGUGGACCGGGCUUUGUACCUGAGGAAGACUGUCAUGGGGAAGGUCAUUUUCCAGGUCAUCCUGGUGUUUGGCAUCCACUUCUGGAUGUUUUUCAUUCUGCCAGGAGUUACCGAGAGACGUUUCAGCCAGAACACAGUGGCUCAGCUCUGGUACUUUGUGAAGUGCAUUUAUUUCGGCCUAUCAGCCUAUCAGAUCCGCUGUGGCUACCCAACCCGCGUACUGGGCAACUUCCUCACCAAGAGCUACAAUUACGUCAACCUCUUCCUCUUCCAGGGGUUUCGGAUGGUUCCUUUCCUGACGGAACUGCGGGCAGUGAUGGACUGGGUGUGGACAGACACCACUUUGAGUCUGUCCAGCUGGAUCUGUGUGGAGGAUAUCUAUGCCCAUAUCUUUGUGCUCAAGUGCUGGAGAGAAUCUGAGAAAAGGUAUCCCCAGCCUCGAGGGCAGAAGAAGAAGAAGGUGGUGAAGUAUGGAAUGGGCGGGAUGAUCGUCAUGCUGCUCAUCUGUAUCGUCUGGUUUCCUCUGCUCUUCAUGUCUCUGGUCAAAUCUGUGGCUGGCCUGGUCAACAAACCCCUCGAUGUCUCUGUCACCAUCACUUUGGGAGGCUUUCAGCCAAUCUUUACCAUGAGUGCCCAGCAGAAUCAACUGAAGGACAUCUCUGAAGCAGAAUUCACAGAGUUCAUGAAGCCAUACCACUACAUUCCUGGUGCGAUGCAGUUUCUGGAGGCAUACACAGCAGAAGACGUGACUGUGGCUGAGCUGGAAGGCAGCUCCAACUCCCUGUGGACCAUUAGCCCUCCCAGCAGGAAGAACCUAAUGGAUGUCCUCAGCAAAGAGGACCAGUUUCCAGUCACAAUGUCCUGGAGCAUUCAAAGGAAUCUGAGUCUAGGGGCCAAGGCUGAAGUUGCGAUGGAUAAGCAUGUGACUUAUCUGGAUAUGAACACGAGACAACAGCUUAUUGACUUGCUCAAUGGAACAAGGAACAAGGCUGUGGUGAUAGAGAAAGUCUUUCCCUGCUUCAUUCGAGCACCAAGUGACUCAAAUGCCAAGCCUAUAGAUCAGCUUUACGGAGAGGAUGGCUAUAAGGACAUCUUGUUGGAUCUGGAGAGGUGGCAGAACACCAGUGGGGAGUUUCAGGAGUGGUGGAUUGUGGAUCAGCCCUCCGAUGGAAAGAGCAGUGCAGUGAAGGAGAAGAAACCAGGGGCUGGACUACAGCUCUAUGUUUUCAGUGAUAAAGUCAGCCCUCCCAGUCUGGGUUUCCUUGCAGGAUAUGGUAUAAUGGGGCUGUAUGCCUCUGUGGUGCUGGUCAUUGGCAAAUUUGUGCGUGAGUUCUUCAGCGGCAUCUCCCACUCCAUCAUGUUUGAGGAGCUACCCUGCGUGGACCGUAUCCUCAAGCUGUGCACGGACAUUUUCCUGGUUAGAGAGACUGGGGAACUGGAGCUGGAGGAGGACUUGUACGCUAAACUCAUCUUCCUCUAUCGUUCACCCGAGACCAUGAUCAAGUGGACCAGGGAAAAAACCAAAUGAUCCAUUUCUUGUCUGUGGGAGGACGACAGAAGAACGCACAAAGGGAGGCUGACUCACCGAUGAAAGCAGAGUCGCUUGAGCCAUCUGUGCUCUUCCGUGACAGAGAAAGGUCCCCAUACCGACCUGCCUUCUACAAAGUCAGAUGAGGUGGCCAUUUUAGACCCCUGCAUGAACUGGACUCUGAGGACCCGCAUCUAAUCAAUGGCCACAUUGAGAAGCUGUCAGGCAGAACGUGGAGGAUUUCUAUAACAUCUGACCAUGCUCAAAAUACCAACCUCCUGCUCUGAAGCCUCUCCAAGGGGAAUAUGUGAACCAAGGGUUGUGCAAUAUAUACCGUCCAAGUAGCUGGCUGUAAACUUGAACAGAGGAGGGGACAGCAACUGAGACACUAGCCACUUUUGUUUUGUUUUGUUUUUUUUGUUGGUUUUUCUUUUGUUUUAAAGGAAGCAUUUUGUUUUAAAGGAAGUGAUCCUUUACCCUUGAAGUGCUUUGGUCUUUCAGAAAGACCAAUGUGACAGUAGAAAAGAAAAAAAAUAUACUAAGAUGUCUUUGCCUAUGUUCUUGAUUGUGGAGAGAGCUGUAACAUUCUUCUCAGGAAAAAAAGGGA